GUGGGGCCAGUUCUGGCCCCCCGCCAAUCUCCGAAGCAUCCAUCUCAAUCCGAUCCACGUCAUAAAAGCACCUACAUCUGUACUCAUAACUCUUCCUCUCAACAACACAUCCAAACAACCCAUCAUCUCCAACAAAACACAAACAAACCCUCACUCCAUCCCAAUACACCACACCACACCACACCACCAAAAUGACCGACCCCUCCCACUCAAUCCGACACAUCCCGCCCACCUCCCUCACAACAUUCAUCCACUCCAUCCUCACCAAAAACGGCGUCUCCCCCGAACACGCCACAAUCAUCUCCUCCUGCCUGGUCCAAGCCGACCUCCGCGGCGUCGACACCCACGGCAGCAACCGCAUCCCCAGCUACAUGAAACGCAUCCGCCAAAAUGUCCUCUCCCCAACCGCCACCCCCACCCUGAUCCAAAAAACCCCCGUGGUGGCCCUCAUCGACGGCCACAACGCUUUCGGCUUCGUCUCCGCCCACAUGGGCAUGGCGCGCGCCAUUGACAUGGCCUUCGAAUACGGCAUCGGCCUCGUCUCCAUCAAACACUCCAACCACUUCGGCAUGUCCGCUUGGCUGGUCCAACAAGCUCUCGACGCGGGGAUGAUGUCCCUCGUCUUCACCAACUCCUCGCCUGCGCUCCCUGUCUGGGGCGGAAAGAGUAAACUAAUGGGUGUGUCUCCGAUCGCCUGCGGCGCUCCGGCGGGGUCUACGCCUCCGUUUAUCCUGGACAUGGCGCCCUCUAUUGCCGCGAGGGGAAAGAUCUACAAGGCUCUCCGUCGGGGGGAGAAAAUCCCCACGGACUGGGCGCUGGACGGGGAGGGAAACAUCACGGAUGAUCCGGCGAAGGCGCUCGAGGGGGUGAUGCUUCCGAUGGGUGGGCCGAAGGGGUCGGCGUUGGCGAUUAUGAUGGAUGUGUUCUCGGGGGUGUUGUCGGGAAGUGCGUUUGCGGGGGGGGUCACGGGCCCGUAUGAUCCUAGUAAGGAGGCGGAUGUGGGCCAUUUCUUGGUGGCCAUUAAGCCGGAUUUGUUCAUGGGGUUGGAGGAGUUUAAGGAGAGGAUGGAUUAUUUAUAUCAGAAGGUUGUGGGGAGUGACAAGAUGGGUGGGGUUGAGAGGAUUUAUUAUCCCGGGGAGAUUGAGCAGAUAACCAGGAAGACGAGGGAGGUCGAGGGCAUUCCGUUUACGGUGGCGGAGAUUGGGGCGUUGAAUGCGGAGGCGGAGAUGGUUGGGGCGGAGAAGUUGAGGGUUGAGUAGGUGUGUUUGGUUGGUGAUUGGAUUAGAUGGAUUA